AUGGGGGGGCGCGGAGCAGACGCCGGAAGUAGCGGUGGUACAGGUCCGACUGAGGGGUACUCACCGCCGGCUGCGUCCACCCGAGCGGCUGCGAGAGCCAAGGCCCGAGGGGGUGGGCGUGGCGGCCGCGAAAACACAACCCCUUCUGUUCCCUCUUCUCGCGGAGCGGCGCGGCUUAGCUUCCCUUCGCCAGCUGCCAUGAGUGAGCGCCUCCGUCCCAGGAAAAGGAGAAGGAAUGGCAAUGAAGAAGACAACCAUCUUCCCCCCCAGACCAAAAGGAGUAGCAGAAACCCUGUCUUUCAGGAUUCAUGGGACACAGAGUCUUCAGGCAGUGACAGUGGUGGGAGCAGCAGCAGCAGCAGCAUCAACAGCCCGGACAGGGCCAGCGGGCCGGAAGGCAGCAUAAGCCAGACCGUCGCUGGAUCCAGCCCUAACACCCCUCAGCCUGUGUCUGAGCAGUCCGCGCUAUGCCAAGGUCCCUACUUCCACAUCAACCAGACCCUGAGGGAGGCCCACUUCCACAGCCUACAGCACCGAGGGCGGCCUCUGACAUGAUGCACUGGCAGUUUCUCGCCUUCUGUGAAGGGACAGCACUGUGCAGAUUUGAUAUUUCAACUUACAACUUGUUUUAAAAGAAAAAUUGCACAUGAUAAAUGCCUGUUGGCUUUUCAGUCUAUAUUUGAAAUAACAGGUUAACAGGCAAUUGUUUACUUGUGGUUUUGCUGCACUAUUGCAAUUUCAAAGGGGCUUUGAAGCAAUUUUUUAUAGGAUUCUUUUGAGGGAGGGUAUAAAAUCCAUGUCAAGGUAGUGGUAUGAGGAAAACUCUUUCUGUGUGUUGAAUUCAUAGUAUGUCCCAUUCAGACUGAUUUCCAGAUCUGUCAAUUAGAAACUUUACUUUAUGUAAAGGGCCUUUUAAAAAUGCGGGACCUUCAAUUUUUUUUUUUAUUCAAUAAACUAGUAAAGAGUAUCUAGUUUCCAUGAAAAAACAUAACUUUUUUUCCAAAAUAUAGGAAGCCUGAUUCAGUCUUGCACAGAAAUUAACUGCCAUACUACCUCUCAAUAUGUAGAUGUUCUGCUGAAAGUACUCUCUCCUGUGUAACAGAACAAUCAGAUCCAAUUCAGACUGUGUCAGUGAAGCACCCUCCCUGAUCGUCUCUACUCUUUGUUAUAUAUUUGUAUUUCCAGGGAGAAUGUCUUUUAGAUUCUUGUAUACCCAGAUAACUUCUAUUCCUCCAGAGUCUGCACCUCAGACUUCAGUAGGAAACAUAGCAGUUCUCCAAGUGAAGAUACAUGUAACGACUUUUUGUCCUACAAAUUUGUUCAGUCAGCAGCUUACAUGACCUCAUUGAUAGUUCUACCUUGUAGUAUCAAUAAUUAAGGUGUUGUUUAACGCUGGUAAAAUGUAAGCUACCUGAACUGAUGUCUAAAGCAAGAAGUGUGAAAUGAUUGGACAAGGAUUAACUUGAUGCUUAAAGUAACGCCUAACAGUAAUUAGGGGGCCACAUUCCAGCAGUGAAACUGGAAAGAUUGGUGUGGCUUAGAAUCAAAUGAGCAGAGGCACCUUUAGAAGAAAUGAAGCAGUAGUAUUUAUUUAGGGAGAGACAGAUGUGUUGCCACGUUACUUAGUCAUACUAGAGAGCCAGGCAAGUUUGAAUAAUGAAGGUGCAGACGAGUUGUCUUCUUCACUGAUGAGCUGUCUGAACAAGGAGCCAGGAAGUGUCGGGUCACCAGCUGUGGAGCAUGCCGGGGAGACAACCUGCCAUUGGAUGUAGAGAAAAGUGCCUUAGAGUUGACCCGAGCCCUCCUGCCCACUCGCCCUCUGUGCAACGCCACUUGGAGUCCACACGGCACACACAAGCGGAGCUGAGAAGCAUGAUGGCUGUAGUCAGAGGACUUUGCUGUCUGUCAGGAUUUGAAGAGGACACAGGGAACAGCAUGAGCUUUUGUGACAGAACUAGAAUUUGGAAAUGAGGACUAUCCUGGGAAAAGGGUAGACACAGACACCUCUUUCCACAGCCUGUUUCCCAAACGUUGGCAGAACUGAAAGCCCGUCACUGCGGUGGAAACGGUGUUCUGGAGGAGGCUGCAGCACAGACCAUGCUUAGGGACUGGAUGGUUUUUGCAGGAGCUUUUUUUUUUAAACUACCAUCUCCCAACUUUUAAAGCCAGACACUUGACAAGGAUUUCAAAUCUUGAUGGGUUCAGCAGUAGGGAAUAUGGAAAGGACACACUGCUAAUACUGUGUCUUAACGAUAAAGCACACAACUCAACGCUGUAAGGAGACAAGCUGUUUUGAGCUUUCAAACACACGUGCACACAGCACAAUCCAGAAAUACCCAGGAGGACUUCUGCGGGCUUAACAGAUGACAUCCUACUGAAACGAAACAUGUAUUAACAAGAAAAUGUAAAACUUUUGGGGAAACAAAUUUUCUGUUAUUUCCCACCCAACUAAAAGGGAAGAUAAAACCAUCAUCACCAGAACAAAACAAUUUUUUUCCAAACAAGUACAAUCAUAGUUCUGGGUUGGCAGUUAACUAUUUACCCUACUAAAUUCAAGAGAGAACCUCCACCUUGUCCUGUAUAUUUUCUACAUUUUCUAUUAAGAGGCUACUUGGUAGUGUCAGUGGGCAUCUUUUACACCUAUUAGCUCAAGCUAGUAAAACCUUGUACUUCUCUAUUGCGCCGCCAUUAAAAGCAGCAUUAGUGUA